UAGCCAUCUCCUUCGAUUCCCUCCGAGCCUGGCCACACAUCUCUCUCCCUCACACCUCCUUCUCCACCUCCGGCCACCACCAUGGCCAGGCUGGCGUGGUGGUGCACCUCCGCGAGCUCCACCACUCCACCCAGCACCACCAUCACCUCCAUCCACCUGCGCCACUCAGCCAUCCAUUCACUCAUCUCCACCAGCGCCACCAUCUCCACCACAACGCCAUCACUCCACCGCCGCACCUCGCGCGCCUGACCGGACGGGUGUCUGGGUACCCGCGCGACCCUGCCUUCUGCCGCUGCUCCUCUUCCCCAUCCCUACUGCUGCUUCUUCUCCCCUUGCCCCUUCUGUUGCUGCUCUUCCCUGCUGCCCUUCUCUCAACCCCAUGCUGCUGCUCCUUCUUCUCCUGCGUCCCCUGCUGCAUCUCACUUGCUGAAACUCUGCUCUGAACCUCCCCCUCGUCCCUACUGCUGCUGCACUUCUCUUGCUGCUGCUUUUCCCUUAGCGCUGCCAUUGCUCUUCUUCUUCUAUCCCAGACCCCUGCUGCUACUCUCCCUCAUUCUCUAAAUUUCUGUAGACUUGAGAUCCUAUGUAAUAUUCAUAUUUGACUAGUGCUUGAAACCUGCUAUUGGUUCAGAUUCAUAACUGUAUAAUAAUGCUAUGACAUGUUCAGUUUCAGACUUGUGAUUGUUUAGUACAGUAGAACUGUUUUUGUUCAUCGGAGAGUAUUAGAACAGUGCCCUGUAAUACCAUAGUCGUAUUUGUGUGUGUGUGUGUGUGUGUGUGUGUGUGUGUGUGUGUGUGUGUGUGUGUGUUCGUGUGUCUGAGUGUUCGUGUGUGUGUAUACUUCAUAAGAAUUGAUGUGUGUGAUUUUGUUCGGUCAGAUUCUUGUGCUCGUUUAGUACUUACUUUGUUGAUCUGUGAGUAUUGGAUCAGUGGCUUGCAAUUUUAGUUCCUGUGUUAGUUUUGUAUCUGUGGUUUUAAAAGUUUUGUAUCUGUGAUUUUAAAUUGUUGAUUCGGGAACUGAAUUGUGGCUUAUGACUCUCUAUUAUUACGCGCGAGUAAUAUCUGAACCUCAUUAUGCUAGUUGGUUUCUUUCUUUCUCCAUAAUCUUCAGGAGCUACCUUGUUAGUUUAGGUUUUAUUUUCUGCUUUCGUCACCAAAUAUCGUGCUACCUAGCUUUAACCGAGCAUAGUUGUCGUCGCCUAGUCCCUGUGGAGAACACGAUAUCUGUAGUUUGGGACUAGUGUCGAACGAUUGUGUGAAGCUAUAGACUAGGCUUAGUAUAGUUUUUGUUUAAAUUUCCAGUCAAAUUUAUUUCGGUGCUUCUUUUACCUUCUUACUUUUUGUUGCUUCGGCUUAUUAGGAUACUAACUUUCUGACUAGUGUUUACUGUUUAUGAGUGUGCGUAGGAAAUCUGAACUAAUUGCAGGUUGUUCUAUAGUUACACUCGGUUAAGAUGGCAUUGCUUCAUGAUCUUUGGAUGUCCAAAAGUAUAUCACAAGACCGGUUUGGCCAACUAUUGAGGCAGAGAACUUCGAGCUGAAACCUAGUCUUAUUGCUUUGGUUCAACAACAACAGUUUGGAGGACUGCCUACUGAAGACCCUUAUGAGCACUUGCUCCGAGUCAUGGAGUAUUCAGAUACAGUAAAGUAUCAUGGAGUUCCUCAAGAUGUUAUCAAGUGCAUGCUGUUCACAUUCUCUCUCCGAGAUGAUGCUCGUGCUUGGUAUCGAUCCUUGCCAUCAAGAUCAUUCAGUUGGAAUGAGAUACCAUGAUCUUUCUUGGAUAAAUAUUUCCCACUACACAAGCAGUACACAAUUCGAGAUGAGAUCUUCAGCUUCGUUCAGAGUGAAGGCGAGAGCUUGUAUGAUGCUUGGGAGAGGUACAAAGCCUUAUUCAGGAGAUGUCCUAACCACGGGCUCGAGAGAUGGUUAGAGCUGCAGCUAUUCUAUAGAGGAUUGACUUCGGACACUCGAUCUUACGUCGAUAUGGCAGCGGGUGGAGCUAUUACAAACAAGACACAUGAUGAUGCUUUUCUGCUGAUUGAGAACAUAGCCUUCCACCAACUUCAGUGGUACAAUGAGAAGCCCACCUCUGGCCCAGUUGCUUGCUUGCAACAAAUCACUUCACCUCAGCAAGAAUCUCUUACACAAAAGCCGGAACCAGUUUCUCCGUGUGACAAGAUUGAGCUUUCAUGGAUUAUCUUUGAUGAUGAUGACACCAUCCUAGUUGACACACACACUUCAGAUCAUAUGGAUACUAGCAUUCUAGAUUCAGUUUUGCAUUGUGAUGAUUCUUCUGUGGAUGAACCAGAGCUACAGUUAGUUACUUUUGAUAUUGAGGAGAUACCUUUAGUUGAUAUUGAUCAUGUGCUGCUAGAGCCAGAUAUGGAAAAGUUCACCUUUGAUGAUGUUAGCCACAUCGAUUCUUCAACGCUUGAGCCUGAGAUGGAAAUCUUCAUUGUUGAUUAUGAUGAGGUCACUUCAGAUGUCAAGGAGCAAAGCCCUACUAUUUCACCUGUCGAUACGAGCCCGGUGGAAGUUUCUACUACCAUGCCUUCCAUGGUAUCUUCAGUUGAGGUAGUCAUAAAACUUCUCCAAGGCCGUUUCAGGUUUACACUUGUGCACCAUUUACGGCGAGUUGACCGAGUUCGAAAUGACAUUCCCUGGGAUCCUGGUGGAUUCACGGCAAGGUGACGAGGAGAAGCAAAGAGAACACAUGAGGAAGAGCGAAGCUGGAGCAUGUAUGAGGAAGAAAAAGGAGAGAGUUGUAGCUUAGAGAGUGAUCAAGCGAGUAUUACUUCAUAGUGCCCGGUGAGCUGUUUCAUGACCCAUUCUGAACAUCAUAAAUACAUGUUGAAUUCAAUUGCUAGUUGGGUUGCUUGAGCCAGUUAUUACUUGUUGUCAAGCUGAAAUUCACCUUUGGCAUCGUGCUUGAUGUGAAUUUGUGAACUUGAUUCCUGGAUGCCUUAUAAACUAGUGAUCUACACCAUGCAUGCUUGGCUGAAAUUAGUGAGAACUAUUAGUUUGGAGUGCUCAAAUCCCUAGUACACUAGAAAACUUCGUCAUUUUCUGCAUUUACUAUGAUACACCUAGAUCACCAUGUUUAGAUGCUGAAUUUGUGCGAAGUGUGUUCCAUUGAGAGCAAUCACCUAACCACUAUGGAUUAGCAUGCUAUGUUCCCUGGAUCGGUAGCAUGUGAACCAGACAUGGAGAAGUGAGGAUUCCUUUUUUUGUGCUUAUGUGUUGUUCAUUAAAAAAAUAUCUUAUAAUGAAUAAUUAUCUGAUCUUACCUAACAGUAGCAUGUCAAGUUCCCUGGAUCGGUGGCUUGUGAAAUGUGGUUGGAUCGGAUAGGAGUUAAUUAUACUAAAAUAAUGUAAUUGUCGAACCAGAUGUAUACCAUGUUCUCGGGAUCGGUGGUAUGUUCCUUUGGGGAGACAAACAAAAAAACUAAAUAUUGCUCGAGCCAGGUGUAUACCAUGUUCUCGGGAUCGGUGGUAUGUUCCUUUGGUGAGCCCGGUAAAAUAUUAUCAUUUUUGCUUCCUCCAAAUUCAAUAAGUGGUUUUACCACAAUGUUGUGUUCAUGGUAAUAAGUGUUUCUCGGGAUCAUGCUCUCUUUAGGAACCAUUUGGCUCAGUCAUCACUUAAACUUGUUGAUCCUCUUUUAUCAUUGUAAAAGUUUAAAAUGGUCAAGUCUACUAGUAUCCUACCGCAUUGAAGCACUCCUAACCAUUAAUUUUCACUAGCUAAGUCCAAAGCAUGCACUGUUUAGAGAUCUACUUAACUUGGCAAUCUCUAGUCAGCUCACUGUUCAUACUCUUCCUCUUGUCAUAUGCCUUUGCUUGAGGACAAGCAAAGAUUUAAGUGUGGGGGAACUUGAUAGAGCAUUUCCUCAUAUAAUCUUUUUAGCCUUUUGCAUCAAAUUUUAAUCAUAUUCUCACAUUAUUUACUGGAAAGAUAUUCAAAUACUCAUAUUAUGUCACAUUUACAACACUACUCCAUCUUUUGCAGAAAAGGGCGAAAACGCCCAAAUCCUUCUAUAUUGGAGUGUCUAAGAGGUUGCGGUCGCUGCAUUUUGCGGAGGGACUCGAGUGUGAAGAAGAAUUAACCUCCAGGUGGCUAGCUGAUGAAGAAGGGGACCAACUUGGGAAUAAAGAAGAAAACAAGGAGGGCUAAACAAGAAGAAUGCAGAUCUGAUCGAGAGGGGUCAAAUCCCUAGCCAUCUCCUUCGAUCCCCUCCGAACCUGGCCACACAUCUCUGUCCCUCACCCCUCCUUCUCCACCUCCGGCCGCCGCAACGGCCAGGGUGGCAUGGUGGUGCGCCUCCGCGACCUCCACCACUCCACCCAGCACCACCAUCACCUCCAUCCACCUGCGCCACUCAGCCAUCCAUUCACUCAUCUCCACCAGCGCCACCAUCUCCACCACAGUGCCAUCACUCCACCGCCGCACCUCGCGCGCCUGACCAGACGGGUGUCUGGGUACCCGCGCGACCCUGCCUUCUGCCGCUGCUCCUCUUCCCCAUCCCUACUGCUGCUUCUUAUCCCCUUGCCCCUUCUGUCGCUGCUCUUCCCUGCUGCCCUUCACUCAACUCCACACUGCUGCUCCUUCUCCUGCGCCCCCUACUGCAUCUCACUUGCUGAAACUCUGCUCUGAACCUCCCCCUCGUCCCUACUGCUGCUGCACUUCUCUUGCUGCUGCUUUUCCCUUAGCGCUGCCAUUGUUCUUCUUCUUCUUCUAUCUCAGACCCCUGCUGCUACUCUCCCUCAUUCUCUAAAUUUCUGUAGACUUGAGAUCGUAUGUAAUAUUCAUAUUUAAAUAGUUCUUGAAACCUGCUAUUGGUUCAGAUUCAUAACUGUAUAAUAAUGCUAUGACAUGUUCAGUUUCAGACUUGUGAUUGUUUAGUACAGUAGAACUGUUUUUGUUCAUCGGAGAGUAUUAGAACAGUGCCCUGUAAUACCAUAGUCGUAUUUGUGUGUGUGUGUGUGUAUUCGUGUGUCUGAGUGUUCGUGUGUGUGUAUACUUCAUAAGAAUUGAUGUGUGUGAUUUUGUUUGGUCA